AUGAGAGAUAUGACGUUGCCUGGACCGAAACUAGAAGGGAGUGUGAGUGAUGUUGAUAUCAAUAUGAUGGGUAUCAAGUCACCACAGUUGUAUCAUUUUUUAAAGACGGUUAUAGAGGAGAGGGGUUUGGAAGCUCUACAGAAAGUCAAAGCUAAUGAGAUUUUGCCGGACUUGGUUCAUCAUAUGUCUGUAACAAUUCCAAAUGAUAUUUUAGGAAAUUAUAGUAAUAGGAAUGAGAACGAUUUCCGACAUUUAAAGGAAACAUUGGCUAAAUUUGGUGAAUAUUUAUUAAAGAAUUUUAGUGUGGAACAAAAAUAUCCAUUUACUAUUCUUCGAAUUUGCGAAUUAUGUUAUGAUCCACUGAAAUAUUAUAAAAUUCAUGAAUUGAGAAAAUUUGUCGGAGCGAUAAGUAAGUGCUGUAUUGUUAGGUCAAGUUGGCAAUACUUUGAAGAAUCUGAUGGAUUUUACACUGAUCGAGAAAACGAUGAGGAACAGGGAGAAGACGUUUCGCUGACAAAAAUACCCUGGGUUGAUGAAGAAGCUGAAAAGGAGCUCGCUCCAUUUUUGAAAGAGAUUGAUGCGCUUGUGAGUCCAAACUUAGGUUAUGAGGAGGAUGAAGAGGAUGAAGAUAUGGAUGUAGAUACCAAUGACUCAACAAAUGGAAGUGGGGAUUUCAGAAUUGAAGAAUAUUACGAAAAUCUACCCCGAAGCAGUAAUGGUGUAGCUGAUGACGACUUUGAUGAUGAUUAUGAUGAUGAUGAUUACGAUGAUGAUUACGUCGAAACCCCAACAUCAGAUGAUAAUGAACAGUGGACUGAAGAUAGUAUAGAAGAGAAUCUCAAUGAGCUUGAUGAUAACAAUGAGGACGAACGAGAUAAUUGUCAUGAAGAUACAGGUAGUGAAGUUGUUGCUUCAGGAUUCAACGAUCCAGUUGAAGAAUCAGAUAAUAUACCACCGUCUAAAAGGAAACCCACAGAAUUAGAUGACUUCGAAUACAAAGAAUCACCAAAUGCAGUAGAGACUCAUCUACUUGCAACGCCUAAAAAGGUAAAACAUGAUAAAGGAAAUCGUAUAUUAGAAUCUCCAAGUAUAAUAGACUCAGAUAAUGAUGAAAAUACUACACCACUACAAUCACAAGAAACACUACCCGAUAAAAGGUCACGAUCGCAAUCACCAAGUUCCGAACAUCACGUCCCCAUAUUGGUAUCGCCAAGGGAGAAUUAUGAUGAUAAACAAGUUCCACAGGAGGGGAAAUUACGUGAUUUAAUGGACGAAACCUACGAUAGAGACACUGGUAGUCCCUUAAGUAAUAAAAAUAGGUAG